AUGAGCCAGAUUCCCAUCCACGGCUACGAACGAAGCAACGACAUCCGCUGCGAAAGCGGCGGUGCCGUGCGCGCGUUGGACAAGACGCCCGUCACUGAUCCUGCAUCGCUGCCCGUCACUACCAAGAAGGCUAUCCCUUCUCAAAACCGUGGCGACUUGAAGCCUCUUCCUUUUGUAAACGGCCACCAUGUGCCAGUCAUCGCCAAGGAUGGCGUUGGAGCUGCCCUCAGCGACACUCCUGCGCCGUCAGCUCCAAGCAGCCCGCGAAUACCCGCGAUGACCCGGACCAAUUCCAUGGGCACCUCCACGGCCUCCACUCCUCGCAUCCGCCCUACCACCCUCGACAUCCCCGGCUUGACCAAGUCAAAGGUCUCCCCCGACGGCCGCAUAGCACAGCGAGAUGUCGGGUCCAAGCUUGUCAUCGUCAUGGUGGGCUUGCCUGCCCGAGGCAAGAGCUACAUCACCAAGAAGAUGGCGCGAUACUUGAACUGGCUGCAGCAUGACACCAAGAUCUUCAACGUUGGCGAACGUCGUCGGGUAGCUGCUGGUGGACAAGCGCAGACUGGUGGUCCAACUCGCUCAAACUUCUCUGGCGCAGAAAGCAAUAGCUAUUCGACUAUACCGGACAAACCUAGGCCGAAUCACCACCAGAUUGCUGCCCAAAUCCUCAUCAACGGUCACCCUCAAGCCGACGACGGACUCGCGCCACUCCACCUGCCAAGCCCCGUGCACCCCCACGUCGAGGAACAUGACGAUUUUGCCGUAGACGAUACAUUGCAUGCGCACUUGGAAGCUAAGUUUCCCGAAAUCGAACGCGCAUCUACUCCAGACGAUGACCAGGACACCGAUGCGAUGGACCAAUCCGCCAGCUUUUUCGACCCCCAGAAUAAGAAAGCCGCUCUAAUAAGAGAGCAAUGUGCCAUGGAGACUUUAGAUGAUCUUUUGGACUACAUCCUCAUUGGAAAUGGCUCCGUUGGCAUUUUCGACGCCACUAACAGCACGCUGAACCGACGCAAGCAGAUAAUGAUACAUAUCCGCGAGAGGGCUGGACCUGAGCUGAACGUUCUCUUUGUAGAGAGCGUAUGCCAGGAUCAGAGGCUACUGGAGUCCAACAUGCGUCUCAAACUUUCUGGACCUGAUUAUGACGGCAAGGAUCCCGUGGCAGCACUGGAGGAUUUCCGGAAGCGUGUUGCAAUCUAUGAGAAGAACUACGUACCAUUAGGCGACUAUGAGGAAGAGAACAACAUGCCGUUUGUGAAGAUGGUCGAUGUUGGCCGGAAAGUCAUCUCGCAUCAGAUCAGAGGCUUUCUUUCUUCAACGGCCGUUUACUACCUAUUGAAUUUCAACCUCACGCCACGUAUGAUCUGGAUUACACGACAUGGAGAGUCCCUGGACAAUGUCGCCGGCAAGAUUGGUGGCGAUUCCGAUCUGAGCGCAAAUGGCACUCGAUACGCCAAAGCGAUGACCAAAUUCAUUGACCAACAGCGCAAGGAAUGGGACAUCCAUCAAGCGGACAAAUUUGCCCACACGCAUUUCCCACCGCAUCCUGGUGACCACACUCCACCCAAUCCGCACUAUGGACCUCACCUCGAUGAACCCAGGAACUUCUGCGUUUGGACCUCCAUGCUCAAGCGAAGCAUUCAGUCUGCGCAGUACUUUGACGAAGAAGACUAUGAGACGAAGCAAAUGCGAAUGUUGGACGAACUCAACGCUGGUAUCAUGGAGGGUCUAACCUACGAUGAGAUACGAUCUCGAUACGAGGAAGAGUUCUCUCGUCGACGAAAGGACAAGAUGGGCUAUCGCUACCCAGGACCGGGUGGUGAGGGAUACCUCGAUGUCAUCAAUCGGCUCCGACCCGUUAUUGUCGAGCUGGAACGCAUGACCGACCAUUGUCUUCUAGUCGCCCAUCGCUCCGUCGCUCGCGUUCUACUCGCUUAUUUCCAGAACCUGGAUCGCAAAGACGUUGCCGAUCUGGAAUGUCCACUUGGGAUGCUUUAUCAGCUCGAGCCGAAACCGUACGGCGUCGAGUUCAAAGCGUGGCGGUACAAUUCCGAGAACGAUGGCUUCGAUCUUCUUCCUGACUACAAGCUGCACCGAGCGACUUACGCUCAUUAG